CAUUGUCAGGUGAAGCAUGGAGGGCAGCUAGCAGACGGAGAAAAACAACUUGGAGUAAAUCUCUCUGUAGUUGUCAGUCAGUGUCCGCCGAAUCGCUCAAGCAAGAAAGAUGACGAGGAAAGAAGAUCCAAAAAUUAAAGUUGGUCGCACUGGGCCACCCCCAAUGGACCCUCUUAAGACGUACAUCAACCCAGGUACAGAGGAGCAGAUGGAGAUCAUUGGUUACCGCCUGGUGAGACUCAGACAGAUCUUGACCUGGGGGGCCAUCUUGCUGACGGUUGGGUUGCUGAGGCUCAUCUUUCACUGGAAGCCGGAAUGGAUGAUCUGGGCCACCCACUGCGAGUGCCCAUUGUCAGAAGCCGAGAUUGUCACCCUUCAGGACAUGUACAAUCAGCUGUUUGUGGCUAAUGUUAUGGUGAUGACAAAGGACGGCACAAGGGUGAAAGUUUUACAGCCCGGAUUAUUCAGUCGUCCACGAAGAACCAGCCGCUCCAAACUGCUAGUGCGUGACACAUUUCAGCAAGAUGCCACAUCAGCUGGGGAUCAGGAUGUUCUGGUGGCCCCGUUUAAGGAUGAGUCACUGCUGCGGUUCUUUUGGUGUAAGAAGCUGAAGUAUCUAUGGAGCAACGAGAAACAAAUGUUUUCCAGGGUCUAUGGACUUGACAUGAACACCAGUUGCUCUUACUUCCAUGCGUGCAAAGGAUUGAGUUAUGUGGAACAGUACAGAAAACGUCUCUUGUAUGGCAACAACAUGAUUGCGGUACACGUCACACCUAUCCUUGUGUUACUUUUCCAGCAGGCCCUUAAUCCAUUCUAUGUGUUUCAAGUGUUCAGCUGUUCUCUGUGGUUUGCUGACGAAUAUUACUACUAUGCCUCCACAAUUGUUGUGAUCUCAGUUAUCUCCCUUUCUACCACAAUCUACCAGACAAGGAAGAUGCAGAGGGCACUGCGGAACACGAUUACCUCCUCCACGGUCAUGACAGUUUGUCGAGGGGAUGAAGUGUUUGAAGAUCUCUCCUCUGAAGACUUGGUUCCUGGGGAUGUGAUAGAGAUACCGCGGAAUGGCUGCGUGAUGCAGUGUGAUGCGGUUUUGCUCAGUGGCAACGUCAUCGUCAACGAGAGCAUGUUGACAGGCGAAAGUGUACCUGUGACGAAGACCCCAAUCCCCAACCCCAGGGGCCUCUCCGCACAAGAUCUCCCCUACAACAUCAAAGAGCACUCCCGUCACACGCUCUUCUGUGGAACUCACGUCAUCCAAACACGUUACUAUGACAACCAAAAAGUCCUUGCCGUGGUUAUUAGAACAGGUUUUUCCACUGCAAAAGGUGACCUGGUUCGUUCUAUUCUCUAUCCUAAGCCAGUGGACUUCAAAUUCAACAGAGACACUUACUUGUUUAUUGGUGUCCUUGCUGGAAUUUCAGCGCUGGGCUUCAUCUACACUGUUGUUCUUAUGGUGCGUCGAGGGAAUGACGCUUCUGAUGUCGUCAUCCGUGCUCUGGAUCUCAUCACAAUCGCUGUUCCUCCGGCACUGCCGGCAGCCAUGACAGUUGGUAUCGUCUUUGCACAGGCGCGUCUCAAGCGUAAUGCCAUUUACUGCAUCAGUCCGCGCAGUAUCAAUGUGUGCGGAAGUCUGAAUGUUGUCUGUUUUGACAAGACUGGUACAUUGACUGAAGAUGGCCUAGACUUCCAGGGAGUGGUCCCUGUACGAAAUGCCAUGUUUGACCAGCAUCAUUCCAGCUUAGAGAAACUGUCCGGCUCUCCUCUACUCAUCGCUAUGGCAACCUGUCAUUCACUAACCAUAAUUGAUGGUGUUUUGUCAGGCGACCCUCUGGACUUAAUCAUGUUUGGGUCCACUGAUUGGGUGCUGGAGGAGCCAGGCAUGGAAGAGACAAGAUUUGACAUGAUGAUACCCACUGUAGUCCGCCCAAGAACCAGCCACCAUAUCACUGCUAACAACGGCACCACCAAGGCCCCUGAGGUGGGGAUCAUGCGACAGUUCACCUUCUCAUCCAGUCUCCAGCGAAUGUCCGUCAUUGCCAGGACCCUGGGAAACUCCAACUUUGAUCUCUACGCUAAAGGCGCUCCUGAAAUGAUCACUUCAUUGUGUAAGCCUGAUACGGUGCCGUCCAAUUUCCACGAGGUUCUCAUGGGCUACACACAGCAUGGUUACAGAGUUCUAGCAUUGGCAUGGAAACCACUGCCCACCAAAUUAAACUAUGUUAAAAUACAGCGUGUCCAGAGAGAGCAGGUGGAGAAAGGAUUGACGUUGGUUGGCCUGUUAAUUAUGGAGAACCAGCUUAAGCCAGAAAGCACACCUGUGAUCCACCAGCUGAGAGAGGCCAACAUCCGUACCAUCAUGGUCACAGGUGAUAAUAUGUUAACUGCCCUAAGCGUGGCACGAGAGUGUGGCAUGGUCGGCCGGACUGACCGUAUUGUGAUGGUCAACACCAAGCACAACGCUGGCCUGGACUCCAGCUCUAAGGAGCCCACUCUGGAGUUUAUUUAUGCAGAUGACAAGGAGAAACAUGUGGAGGAGGUGUUCACCAGCCGGACAGCAGGGGAUGGAACGAGGAUUCAGAUUGAUGACGACAAUCCACAGUUUCACUUUGCCCUCAUGGGGAGGUCCUGGGAGGCAGUCAGGAAGCACUUCCCAGAGGUGCUCUGUAAGAUUGUUGUCCGUGGCGCUGUGUUUGCACGGAUGACCCCUGACCAGAAAGCUCAACUUAUUGAGGUCCUUCAGGAGUUGGGAUAUUAUGUGGGCAUGUGUGGAGAUGGGGCCAAUGAUUGUGGGGCUCUGAAAACGGCACACGCAGGGAUCUCCUUGUCAGAAGCAGAGGCAUCAGUUGCCUCACCUUUUACCUCCAAAAAACCAAACAUCGAAUGUGUCCCAACAAUGAUCAGAGAAGGGAGGGCAGCCCUGGUGACAUCGUUUGGAGUGUUCAAAUACAUGGCCGGCUACAGUCUUACUCAAUUUGUCUCCGUCUGUCUUCUCUACUGGAUCAGUAACAACUUAACAGACUUUCAAUUUCUUUACAUCGACCUCUUCCUCAUCACCACACUUGGUAUUACGUUUGGCCGAACAGCUGCGUACAAGGAGUUGGUGAGAGAAGUGCCACCUGUCAGUCUGCUGACAGUCCCACCCAUCAUGUCACUGCUCAUCCACGCUGCCAUCCAAACAGCCGCUCAGACGGGCAUCUACUUCUACGUCAUGGAGCAGCCCUGGUUCACUCCAUUUGAACCAAACGAGGAAGAGGAAUACAAGAGCUAUGAAAACACAGCUGUUUAUCUGGUGUCGUCGUUCCAGUACAUCACCCUUGCCAUCAUCUUCUCUAAAGGUGCCCCCUACAGGAAAAAUUUGUUCACCAACUAUUUGUUCAUGGUGAACAUUGUAUUGUGUGUGGCAAUCUCCAUUCUGUGUGUCAUGUACCCACCUGAAUUCUUGUCAGACCUGUUGGAGCUGAAACCACCACCAUCCCUGAUCUUCCGUUUAGUUAUACUUGGCAUUAGCCUCGCCAACUUCUUUCUCUGUUUGAUUGUUGAGUCCUUCCUCAUUGACAGCUAUUUUCUGCGGAAGCGCUGUCAGAAGAUCCUGGAGCGUUGGAUUCCGUCCUCCAAGUACCAGUACAGCGCUAUCGAGCAAGAGAUCACAGAAUCUAACAACUGGCCACCGGUAAGCGCUUCUUCAACAAAUCUGGUGGACGCCCUGGAUGGCAAAGACUCCAAUUACGAAAUGACUGCAGGAAAGCUAGGAGGGCGGUAUGAUGAGGAUUCUCUGGAUGGUUUUGAUUCCUCAUCCGUCAGAACCACCAGCGAGAAAGGUUCACCGAUUGUCGCUCGAACUGCUAAGAGGGGUGCAGAUGGGGAUGGGAUAAAGAUUUCUGAUGGGAUCGAGUCUGUGGAUAGCAGCGACGUUGUGGUUGUAGAUUCAGGUGAAGAUAAACCUGUUGUAUGUCCUUCCGGAGAUAACAGCCCUAUAAACAAUGGUCAAGAUCAACCAAAUGUUCCAGCUGUGGAACUUAAUACUGCUGACUCAUCCAAGAUGGCUGCCUUGCUCAUCAGCCCAGAAAGCUGCACCACCAACUUAUGACAUCCACAUGUUAACAUUCAAAGCACUAUGAACUACACAAUGAAUUCACAAGUUGUACAGGAGAACCGUCUAUAAUCUCACACUAAUCAAAAUUAAAGGCUCAUAUUACUUUAAAGAUCUUUUUAUAAAUCAUUCAUUUUAUACUGAAAACAAUGACUGAAUUAUAUAUUUACCUUUGCUUUUUGGUAUCUUUGUGUCUUUUUUUUUUAACAAAAACUGUAAAAUGUCUAUUUUGUAAUAUUGCAUCACAACAUUGAAGAAAAUUUCAUGCAAAAUUCUUUUUGCCAGUCUGUGGGGGUAGGACAUGCUACCAUUCUCUCCUGACAUAAAAUUGCCUUUGUACCAGAUAUCUAUAAUUCCUUCUCAAUUUCACAUGUAUAGUUAGAUAUUUCCAGGGCACAUUCUGUUUAGAUAUGAUAAACUGACAACUAUUGUUAAAUAGACUAUCCUAAUCAGACAAUGCAAAGUAAUCUCCUAAAAAAAUUAUUAAGGUACAUAAAUUUCAUUUUGUCCUUUUGUGUGGGAAAAAGAUGGGAAAGCAAAUUAAUCAAAUGUGAUGAUUUGAGGUCAAAUUUGACGAUUUGAGGUCAAAUGUAGCAAUUUGCAGUUGUCACAUAAAACAGAGUUAAAAAUGAGUGUAUUUGAGUGUUAACGAUUGGUUCUAAACACUGCCAUUAACUUGAAAGCAGUAAUGUAAUGCUUUUCACUGCAUUCCGCAGGACUUUUAUGUAUGUGAUGGUUUUUGCUAUACAUAAACUCAAACUAAAAUAUAGUUUUAUAUUGAUUGAUAUAAUUCAUGAUUUUUUUACCUUCCUCUCUCUCUCUUUUCAAAAUAUGCUAAAGACAUAUUCAGUUUGAAAAGUGUUUGUUUAAAGAUAUGUAGGGGGUUUUAAGGGCAUGUAAUGAUAUUAAAAAAUAAGAUAGCAAACAGUUUCCUUUGUAUUGCAGCUCUGAGUAGAACAUAGUUUGAUUUUUUUGUUUUAUCUUCUGUUUAUGUUGUUUUAUGCACUCUUAAUUUUUUUUUAAAAUGUAUUUGCCUUCUUCAAUUGAUUAUAUAUUGAUCAUAAGCUUUAUAAGUUUCAAGUGGUGUUUCAGUCUGCAGCCUGUUUAUAUAUUCCAGAGAAUGCAUAAUUUUGUUAUCAAAAAGAGCGUGGGGGGUGGGGGUUGUGGUGUAAUGGAUUCUUUUAUAAAUAGAUCAGCUUUAAUUGUAAUCUCCUCUUAGAGGUCUUUGGUGUAUCUGGUAUGCUUUGUAGUAUAUAUUUUUUGCUGCUACCAAAUAUCUGCUAUAGCAGAGUGAUACGGACGUUAAAAAUGUUUUUGCCCUGUCUGAUAAUGUUGUUUUAUUGAAGAUAUAUGGGUUUCUACUUUGUGGACGUAAAUUUGCAGUUUUUCAUUUAUACUUUAAUAUUUUACUGGGUUUAGACUUAUCAGAAUGCAUGUCUAGUUCUUACGUUUUUACUUUACCUGUAUUUAGUGUAUUAAUACAGUAGCAAAUGAACUUUGUAAUGCAAUUUUUUUUACUUUAAUAUUAUAAAAUAUUUUCAAUUUGAUUGUACUAAACUAUCUAACAAGUGGAUGAUGAUUUAAUGCAUUAUGAUAUGUUUCAUAAGGAAUUGUUCAUUUUAAAUCUACAUUUAAAAUGAUCAAAUUAAAAAGAAUGGUUUUGUCUUUAUGUACAUUUACUAUGUAGUAUUUCUGCUAUUCAUAGUCAUUGUACGUACAAUCAUGUACAGCACAGGCUCAUUUGAUAUUACAUGUAAGGGAACCUGUGCCAGGUAUAUUUUGCAGUUAAACUGUCCAGGGAUAAAUGCAGCAGUACAGGUAAAUGUGACCGUCCAGCCUUACAUGCAGCAGUACAGGUAAAUGUGACAGUCUAGGCAUACAUACAACAGCACAGGUAAUUGUGACAGUCCAGCCUUGUGUGCAGCAGUACAGGUAAAUGUGAUAGUCUAGGCAUACAUACAACAGCACAGGUAAAUGUGACAGUCCAGGCAUACAUACAACAGCACAGGUAAAUGUGACAGUCCAGGCAUACAUACAACAGCACAGGUAAAUGUGACAGUCCAGGCAUACAUACAACAGCACAGGUAAAUGUGACAGUCCAGGCAUACAUACAACAGUACAGGUAAAUGUGACAGUCUAGGCAUGCAUACAACAGCACAGGUAAAUGUGACAGUCCAGCCUUACAUACAGCAGUACAGGUAAAUGUGACUGCCCAAGUAUACAUACAGCAGUACAGGUAAAUGUGACCGUCCAGCCUUGUGUGCAGCAGUACAGGUAAAUGUGACAGUCCAGGCAUACAUACAACAGCACAGGUAAAUGUGACAGUCCAGGCAUACAUACAACAGCACAGGUAAAUGUGACAGUCCAGGCAUACAUACAACAGCACAGGUAAAUGUGACAGUUCAGGCAUACAUACAACAGCACGGGUAAAUGUGACAGUCCAGGCAUACAUACAACAGCACAGGUAAAUGUGACAGUCCAGGCAUACAUACAACAGCACAGGUAAAUGUGACAGUCUAGGCAUGCAUACAACAGCACAGGUAAAUGUGACAGUCCAGCCUUACAUACAGCAGUACAGGUAAAUGUGGCUGCCCAAGUAUACAUACAGCAGUACAGGUAAAUGUGACUGCCCAAGUAUACAUACAGCAGUACAGGUAAAUGUGACUCCUAAGGCAUACAUGCAGCAGUACAGAUAAGUGUGACUCCUAAGGCAUACUUGUAACAGUACAGGUAAAGGUGACAGUCCAGGGAUAAAUACAGCAGUACAGGUAUAUGUGACUGUCUCAGCAUACAUACAGCAGCACAGGUAAAUGUGACUGAGCAAGCAUACAUACAGCAGCACAGGUAAAUGCGACUGUCCAAGCAUAUAUACAGCAGCACAGGUAAAUGCGACUGUCCAAGCAUACAUACAGCAGCAUAGGUAAAUGUGACUGUCCAAGCAUACACACAGGGGUACAGGUAAAUGUGAUUGUACAGGUAGAUAUGUACAUGGGCAUGUGUCAUUUAUAUAUGAUGUCACGUCAUUGUCUCAUUUCAUUCGUAUUACCUAUCGUCUAUGUGAUAUUCUUUCUUAUUAGCAAUCAUUUGUUUUUGAUUACUGAUGCUAUAGUCAGAGCUUCAAAGCAGCUAUAUCCUUGCCGGAUUGCAUGUGCUUAUUGCAACCAAGCCUGUUUCAGUGCCGAUACCAUACUUAGUUUUUGCUUUAUACAUGUAGACUUGGACAAAACAGAUAACCAAAGUUUAUUUUAUAAACUAUGUACUUGGCGCUUUACUAAAAUGCUACAUGCAAUGCUAAACAGAUACUCAGGCGUCGUCAACAGUGGAGUUUUGAAAUGUGCUGUAAAUUUUGGGGGAAAAAAUGCAAUAAAGUGUGUGUUGACCUUUGUACAUGUAGCUUUCACAAAGGAUAGUAAUAUGCAUGAGUUACACAGAAAUAAAUUAAGGUGAAAAGAA